UCCUCCGUGACCCCAAAGGCAUGGAUGCUCAUGGCGAAAUGGUACAUCUCCUGGAGCCAAGCUACUCCGUGCGAGACAGCGAUGAUCACCAGCCUUCUUGAUCAGACGCUACCGAGCAUUCCCUUCCUCCGGCACAUCUGAGGGCCCCAAACUCCCGACCCUGUCACUGGCAUCAGUCCAUGACCAAGUGACCUCUCGCUGAAACCUCGCGGGCGGCCAUGGCGAAGGCGAAGCCACAGAGGCCGAAGCCGCCGCGGGCGGCUAGCCGGCGGCUCCUCGGUGUUGGUGGGCUCGGCAUCGCGGCGGCGGCCUACGUCGGCGUGGACUACCUGCGGUACCUCUCGCCGGCGUGGCACGACCGGCUGCAGCCGGCGCUCUGGGCGGCGCUGGCGCUCGCCGCCGCGGCCCGCGCCCCCUUCUACCGCCACUGGGCUGCCGAGCUGAGGGCCGCGCUUCCCUUCCUGGGAUCCAUCGCCUUCAUGCUCACCGCCUUCCUCAGCGAGACCAUCUCCGUCCGCUUCGUCUCCGCCGUCAUGGGGCUCCAGUGGCACAGAUCUGCUGCACCGCUUCCUGACACUGGUCAAUGGCUGCUUCUAUCACUGAAUGAGAAGCUCCCUCAAAGCGUGGUUGAUUUACUCAGAGCUCAUGUUAUCACUCUUCACCAUUAUUUGAUGUUGUUUAUCAUGCUGGGGUUCUCAGUUCUGUUUGACUGCAUCAAAGCUCCUGGUCUUGGUAUAGCCACAAGAUAUAUGUUCACUAUGGCAAUUGGUCGUUUGCUUCGGACGAUAACAUUCAUAGCUACUAUUCUUCCAUCUGCAAGACCUUGGUGUGCUGCAGCUCGUUAUCAAAUACCUGAGCAUCCUCAUCCUUGGGCACAGAAAUAUUAUGUUCCAUAUGCUUCUGAUUCAAAUGCUAUUCGUAGAGUCAUAACGAAUGAUAUGGCCUAUGCUGCUGUUCAAGCUUACCCAGGUGAGUAUAGGCCUGACUGGGGACGAAUGAGCUUCCUAGUAGACAUUUUGAGACCAACUAUUGGAGAAGGUCCUUCAUGGUACCAUCUUUUAAAGAGAGCUAGUGGCGGUUGCAAUGACCUUAUGUACAGUGGACACAUGCUUGUUGCUGUUCUUACUGCAAUGGCGUGGACGGAAGCAUAUGGGGGCUGGAUCUCUGUCACGAUAUGGCUUCUCGUCCUUCACAGCGCGCAGAGGGAGAUACGGGAACGGCACCACUACAGCGUGGACUGCGUCGUGGCCAUCUACGUCGGCGUCCUCCUGUGGAGGAUGACGGGUUUCAUCUGGUCUGCCAGAGAUGCCAGCCGAGCCAGGAGGCUCGCCAAGCUCGACAAGGUCCAGAGCAGGCUGAUCCACGCUGCCAAGGACUCGGACAUCGACGAGAUCAGGGGCCUGCUGAAGGAGGUCGAGCUGGCUGGCCAAGAAAGGCAGGGCUUCUCACAGAGGGUUAUCCUGGCCUUCGCUGCCGCGACGAUUAUCUUCACAUUGUCCUGUGUUCUCCUUGCCUUCACAAUGACCAGCGAUGGUUGACUCUGAGUCUUACAUGAAGCCCUUGUAUCUGAAUGUUAGCCUUACACCAAUGAUGAGAUUGAUACACUAGUCAAAAAUAUGCCAAUAGACAAGUCUCCAGGCCAGAUGGAUUUAAUGAUCUUUUCAUGAAACAAUGCUAUCAUUUCAUUAGAGAGGAUUUCUACUGUCUUCACAA